UCGUAUGUACCGCAUACUACCACCAUAUGUCCUGAAUAUAACCGUAUAUACUGACUGUAUACUAAGACGACUGCACUGUAUAUUUACUAAUCAUAUCUACCGUAUACUACGACCAUAUGUCCUGAAUAUAACCGUAUAUAACCAGAUGCACUGUAUAGGAUUACUGACCUUGUGCACUGUAUGGGAUUACUGACCUUGUGCACUGUAUGGGAUUACUGACCUUGUGCACUGUAUGGGAUUACUGACCUUGUGCACUGUAUGGGAUUACUGACCUUGUGCACUGUAUGGGAUUACUGACCUUGUGCACUGUAUAGGAUUACUGACCUUGUGCACUGUAUAGGAUUAAUGACUAUAUGCCCCUGUAAGCAAUAUUAACUGUUUACACUGUGUAUUCUAUGAUUUUAUUAGAUGUAGCAUGUUAUAUCUCUACAGAGCAUUGCACCCUACAGUAUACAGUAUAUGCUAUAUUGUAACUAGACACUCUGCAGAGCAUUGCACCAGCACACACAGUACAUGCUAAAUUGCAACGAACCUCUGCAGAGCAUUGCACUAUACUUUAUAUAGUAUGUUAUAUUGAAACCAGACCAUCUGCAGAGCAUUGCACUAAACUGUAUAUAGUAUAUGUUAUAUUGUAACAAGACCAUCUGCAGAGCAUUGCACCACAACUGUAUAUCAUGUAUACUAUAUUGUAAUGAGACCAUCUGGAAAGCAUUGCACUAUACUGUUCUACAGUAUGUUAUAUUGUAACAAGAGCACACUGUACUCAGUAAAUGAUAUAUUGAAACGACCCUCUGCAGAGCAUUGCACCACACUGUACACAGCAAACGUUAUAUCGAAACAACCCUCUGCAGAGCAUUGUACUUUACUAUAGAUUAACGAUAGCAGACAAGCUGACAGGACCGCCUAACGAGUGGCCGUGCAGAGAACUGGGCAGCUGCCGCAACCUGUCCCUAGGGCACAGACAAUUGUACCUGUGCGGGUGGUUCGCAUGCCACCAUGAGGCAGUUAGGGGGCUGCUCGAGAUGCUGAGGCCGCGCCACCCCCAGCACCAAUUUAGCUCACCUGCUGAACCCCACUACCGCUGCGGACAGAGCCAGACCGCACCAUACCUGCCCUAUAUUACCUUAUAAGCAGAGGGAGACAUAGCAUCCCCCGAUAAGACAGCCAGCGGAGCUGCCAGGGAUGCCGUGCCUGCACCCUCAAACCAGGCUCAUCAUCAGCGAGGCCUCGGCAACGUGAGCAGCCGCUCUGAAGAAGAUUUUUGUGGGAGAUUCAAACACCAGACUGCCAACUGGAAGCAGAGGCUCCGCAAACGUCACGUACUCACCACCUGGAGGAAAGGGGGGGGACGCUACUUACAGCUGUCCCAUCCUCUAUCUCCUGCUGCCCAUCACACUUGAGUGGUGCAAUCCACAAUCUAACAGUUGCCAAGAGGCGCAGUCCGCGAUCAUAACCAGGUAAGCGGCGCAGUCCGCGAUCAUAACCAGGUAAGCGGCGGAUGUUCGCAGUAUACCUCAUCUAACAAAGUAUUCCACACUCACUGUGCACUAAUUCUUGCACGCAAGAGACAACACCGUCAGAAAGACUUCAUUGUGAUCCUGGCAGUGGGGAAAUGAGGUACGUCGCGCCAGCCACCACGAAUCCACCAGCGAGUGGGUAAGAUCUAAUCUAAUACGGGCACAACUGCAAUAUAAUCUGGAGAAGUUUGCUACGAGCAUUAACUGACUAUAGCUGAGCACUUACAGGGCUGCCGUCAUUUGGAUGUAUAUCAGUAAGGAAUGCUGAACACUGUUACUGGUAUAAGGAACUGAGAAUAACGUAGGACACCAACUAUAAGUCCCGGCAGACCUUCUAACUACAAUUAAGGAUUUACCAUUUCCAAGCCAUGUGUUAGACUUUAUGGGAGGACUACAGAUCCCAGUUUGCUAUUAAGGACAUACAGCAAUACAAAUAGCAAUAUUACAGGCAGCAAUUAAUAGAUCUUUUUACAUGGAUAUAAUAUUGUAUACUAUUUUUAUAUUUUAUAUUUAUAAUUUAUAUCUAUUAGGGGUGUGUCACAAGGGCCCUGUGAUUACACUACCUAAUUUUAUUUGUUAAUAUUGCAGUAUAAUAAACUGUUAUUAUUCAUCCAGUCCCUAAUGGUAUGGUGUUUUUCACAUAUAUUUAUCUGUAUACUUGACCUUGAUAUCCAUAUACCCUUGAGCACCAAAAAUCUUUUAUCGCUUUAAUUGCUAGUUUUUUCACCUUAGGUGUGGGUGUUUGUUUGGCCUCCUCUGGUAAACUGCAUACAGCAUAAGUGAGCCCUCCCCAUACAAUCUCUGCUCUAGUGAUGGAGAUGACAUCCGGGCUCACAAUCUCUGCUCUAGUGAUGGAGAUGACGUCCGGGCUCACAAUCUCUGCUCUAGUGAUGGAGAUGACGUCCGGGCUCACAAUCUCUGCUCUAGUGAUGGAGAUGAGGUCCGGGCUCACAAUCUCUGCUCUAGUGAUGGAGAUGAGGUCCAGGCUCACAAUCUCUGCUCUAGUGAUGGAGAUGAGGUCCGGGCUCACAAUCUCUGCUCUAGUGAUGGAGAUGACGUCCGGGCUCACAAUCUCUGCUCUAGUGAUGGAGAUCUGGGCUCACAAUCUCUGCUCUAGUGAUGGAGAUGAGAUCCGGGCUCACAAUCUCUGCUCUAGUGAUGGAGAUGACGUCCGGGCUCACAAUCUCUGCUCUAGUGAUGGAGAGGAUAUCUGGGCUCACAAUCUCUGCUCUAGUGAUGGAGAUGAGGUCCGGGCUCACAAUCUCUGCUCUAGUGAUGGAGAUGAGGUCCGGGCUCACAAUCUCUGCUCUAGUGAUGGAGAUGACGUCCAGGCUCACAAUCUCUGCUCUAGUGAUGGAGAUGACGUCCGGGCUCGCAAUCUCUGCUCUAGUGAUGGAGAUGACGUCCAGGCUCACAAUCUCUGCUCUAGUGAUGGAGAUGGGGUCCGGGUUCACAAUCUCUGUCUAGUGAUGGAGAUGAGGUCUGGGCUCGCAAUCUCUGCUUUAGUGAGGGAGAUGAUGUCCUGGCUCGAAAUCUCUGCUCUAGUGAUGGAGAUGAGGUCCGGGCUCACAAUCUCUGCUCUAGUGAUGGAGAUGAGGUCCGGGCUCACAAUCUCUGCUCUAGUGAUGGAGAUGAGGUCCGGGCUCCCAAACUCUGCUCUAGUGAUGGAGAUGACGUCCGGGCUCACAAUCUCUGCUCUAGUGAUGGAGAUGGGGUCCGGGUUCACAAUCUCUGCUCUAGUGAUGGAGAUGAGGUCCGGGUUCACAAUCUCUGCUCUAGUGAUGGAGAUGAGGUCCGGGCUCACAAACUCUGCUUUAAUGAUGGAGAUGACGUCUGGGCUCACAAUCUCUGCUCUAGUGAUGGAGAAGAGGUCCGGGCUCACAAUUUCUGCUCUAGUAAUGGAGAUGAUGUCCGGGCUCACUAUCUCUGCUCUAGUGAUGGAGAUGGGGUCCGGGCUCACAAUCUCUGCUCUAGUGAUGGAGAUGGGGUCCGGGCUCACAAUCUCUGCUCUAGUGAUGGAGAUGGGGUCCGGGUUCACAAUCUCUGCUCUAGUGAUGGAGAUGACGUCCGGGCUCACAAUCUCUGCUCUAGUGAUGGAGAUGGGGUCCGGUCUCACAAUCUCUGCUCUAGUGAUGGAGAUGAGGUCCGGGCUCACAAUCUCUGCUCUAGUGAUGGAGAUUACGUCCGGGCUCACAAUCUCUGCUCUAGUGAUGGAGAUGGGGUACGGGCUCACAAUCUCUGCUCUAGCGAUGGAUAUGAUAUCUGGGCUCACAAUCUCUGCUCUAGUGACGGAGAUGAGGUCCGGGCUCACAAUCUUUGCUCUAGUGAUGGAGAUGAGGUCCGGGCUCACAAUCUUUGCUCUAGUGAUGGAGAUUAGGUCCGGGCUCACAAUCUUUGCUCUAGUAAUGGAGAUGAUGUCCGGGCUCACUAUCUCUGCUCUAGUGAUGGAGAUGAGGUUCGGGUUCACAAUCUCUGCUCUAGUGAUGGAGAUGACGUCCGGGCUCACAAUCUCUGCUCUAGUGAUGGAGAUGACGUCCGGGCUCACAAUCUCUGCUCUAGUGAUGGAGAUGACGUCCGGGCUCACAAUCUCUGCUUUAGUGAGGGAGAUGAUGUCCGGGCUCGCAAUCUCUGCUCUGUGUGAUGGAGAUGAGGUUCGGGUUCACAAUCUCUGCUCUAGUGACGGAGAUGAGGUCCGGGCUCACAAUCUCUGCUCUAGUGAUGGAGAUGAGGUGCGGGCUCACAAUCUCUGCUCUAGUGAUGGAGAUGAGGUCCGGGCUCACAAUCUCUGCUCUAGUGAUGGAGAUGAUGUCCGUGCUCACUAUCUCUGCUCUAGUGAUGGAGAUGAGGUUCGGGUUCACAAUCUCUGCUCUAGUGAUGGAGAUGAGGUUCGGGUUCACAAUCUCUGCUCUAGUGAUGGAGAUGAGGUCUGGGCUCACAAUCUCUGCUCUAGUGAUGGAGAUGACGUCCGGUCUCACAAUCUCUGCUCUAGUGAUGGAGAUGACGUCCGGGCUCACAAUCUCUGCUCUAGUGAUGGAGAUGACGUCCGGGCUCACAAUCUCUGCUCUAGUGAUGGAGAUGACGUCCGGGCUCACAAUCUCUGCUUUAGUGAGGGAGAUGAUAUCUGGACUCACAAUCUCUGCUCUAGUGAUGGAGAUGAGGUCCGGGCUCAAAAUCUCUGCUCUAGUGAUGGAGAUGAGGUCUGGGCUCGCAAUCUCUGCUUUAGUGAGGGAGAUGAUGUCCGGGCUCGCAAUCUCUGCUCUAGUGAUGGAGAUGAGGUCAGGGCUCGCAAUCUCUGCUCUAGUGAUGGAGAUGAUGUCCGGGCUCACAAUCUCUGCUCUAGUGAUGGAGAUGAGGUUCGGGUUCACAAUCUCUGCUCUAGUGAUGGAGAUGAGGUCCGGGCUCAAAAUAUCUGCUCUAGUGAUGGAGAUGAGGUCUGGGCUCACAAUCUUUGCUCUAGUGAUGGAGAUGAGGUCCGGGCUCACUAUCUCUGCUCUAGUGAUGGAGAUGAUGUCCGGGCUCACAAUCUCUGCUCUAGUGAUGGAGAUGAGGUCCGGGCUCGCAAUCUCUGCUCUAGUGAUGGAGAUGAGGUCCGGGCUCGCAAUCUCUGCUCUAGUGAUGGAGAUGAGGUCCGGGCUCACAAUCUCUGCUUUAGUGAUGGAGAUGAGGUCCGGGCUCACAAACUCUGCUUUAGUGAGGGAGAUGAUGUCCGGGCUCGCAAUCUCUGCUCUAGUGAUGGAGAUGAGGUCCGGGCUCGCAAUCUCUGCUCUAGUGAUGGAGAUGAGGUCCGGGCUCACAAUCUCUGCUCUAGUGAUGGAGAUUAUGUCCGGGCUCACAAUCUCUGCUCUAGUGAUGGAGAUGAGGUCCGGGCUCACAAUCUCUGCUCUAGUGAUGGAGAUGAGGUCCGGGCUCACAAUCUCUGUUCUAGGUGUUGGAUGUGGUCCAGGCAGUGUAUACUCUUUCCAUAUCGGGGGGGGGGGGGGUGUGGAGUGUAUACUCUCUCCCCCCAUAGUUGAAUACGAUGACCA